UCGCCUACUGCCAUUAAACCACCGAAGAAGAGAGAAGCGUUGUUUACUUCAUCAGCUGUUUUACACUCGCCUUGUAAUCAUGGCUGAACUGAACAUCGGGAAGCAUUGCCGGAUCGAUUCCUGCCACCAAAACGAUUUCCUCCCGUUUGUCUGUGAUCUGUGCCGCGGAAGUUUCUGCAUCGAUCACAGGAGCAGAGAGGCCCACUCGUGUUCGGAGGAGCCGGUGAAGAAGGAGCCUCGGACGACUGGAGGAAACACAAGUUAUCCGUGUUCGUUUCAAGACUGCAGAGGGAAGGAGCUGCUGCCUGUCGUCUGUCCGCAGUGUGAGAGACAGCUCUGUUUGGCCCACCGUCACCAAGAUGAUCACGAGUGUGAGAAGUUGGAGGUCCAGAAGCCUCGAAUGGCCGCCACCAAAGAGCUGGUGCAAAAGAUCGUAGAGGCAAAGGACACAUCUAAGGCUAAAGGACGAAGAGGAGCGAAGAGCAGCACCACAGCAGCUAAAGUGGCCUUAAUGAAACUGAAGCUUCAUGCUGCGGGAGACAAGGGGCUUCCACAGGCGGAGAGGACAUAUUUACAGGUUUAUCUCCCGAAGGACUCCAAAGCCUCGAGCCAGCCGAUGUUCUUCUGUUCUAAGUGGAGCGUGGGGAAGGCGGUGGAUUACGCAGCUUCUCUGGCGAGUCUGAAGAACAGCAACAACAUCCUGACCGCCAAGAAGCUGCGUCUGUGCCACCCUCAGACGGGCGAGGCUCUCCAGAUGGACGACACCCUGCUGUCCCUGCUCUCUCACCCAGAAACGCCCCUCUUUAACGGGGGAGACGUUGUGCUGGAGUACCUGGAGAACCAGAGCUCCGGCCUGGAUGUGUCCGACUACAUCAGCCAGGGUUGACUGACUCUGUACGGGAGGUUCCUCACGCCUUUCACAUGUUCUGUGAAUAAAACGUCCUUUAGAAAGUUCAACCUGUUAAAGCUUUUAACCAAUUACAUCUCACCUCAAUCUCCAGCAGCCAAAGACUGUCAUGUGUCAAUAAAUGUUCUGUGUUAUGUGCAAAAAAUAAAGUUUCUAAAAAAAAA